AUGCAGACAGGCGCGCGCUCCGAGUCGCACUUUGUCUUCAGGAGUUUAUUCUAGGCGCUGAGUUUAUCUUUUAGCUCACUUGUUUUAGAAACUCAAGAAAGAAACAAGUCUUAUAGAGAACUCUACCUUUAUUAUUGUUGUUGUUAUUAUUACUUCAAAUAUACGUCAGGUGCACAGCUGGAAAAGUAAAGUGCUUCCAUUAAACUCCAACAUGGCCAAUUCUGGAGUGCAGCUGCUCGGGUUUUCUCUGUCUCUGGUGGGCAUCAUGGGGCUCAUCAUUGGCACAGUGCUGCCGCAGUGGAAAAUGUCAGCCCAUGUGGGAGACAGCAUCAUCACAGCGGUGGCGACUUACCAGGGCCUGUGGAUGUCCUGCGCUUUCCAGAGCACUGGUCAACUCCAGUGCAAAAUCUACGACUCUGUCCUGCAGCUGGAUGGUUCUCUCCAAGCAACUCGCGCUCUAAUGAUAGUUGGCAUCAUCGUGUCGAUUGCUGGACUGGGAGUUGCUUGCGUAGGUAUGAAGUGCACAACAUGUGGAGAAGACAAUAAAGUGCGUAAAGCCCGCAUUGCUAUGACAGGUGGCAUCAUACUGCUCAUCGGGGCUCUCAGUGCAAUUGUUGCUUGCUCUUGGUUUGCCCACAAUGUGAUCCGUGCUUUCUACAGCCCCUUCACUCCAAUCAACACCAAGUUUGAGUUUGGAGCAGCCAUUUUCAUUGCAUGGGCCGGAUCCUUUCUCGAUGUUCUCGGCGGAGCUUUAUUGGUGGCCUCUUGCCCUCGAAGCAAACAGUUGUCCAAGUAUCCUCAAAACUCUGCUCGCACUUCCAACAGCACCAAGGAGUACGUGUGAUUGCUUACAGAAGAUCAGACAGGAACCGUAUAUGAUAAAGGAUCCCUGUGAAAGGAAAACGGGACUGAGCCUAAAGGAUUAAACUGGAGUAGGUGGGAAAUGUGGUGAAUCCA